AACACAAGCUCCUCUCCUCCAGCCCUGGGGCUAGCAUCACAGCUAGGCUAACGUUAGCAGGCUAGCAGUUAGCAGACGCCUUGAAGAAAUCAACCAAUCACAGUCCACCUGACCUGACCGCUCCAAUCAGAAUAAUAAUUUAAGAUCGUCUGAUUUUCAAUUCACAAACAUAUAAAUGGUUACUGGAAGUGUUCGUUAUAUAUGUACAAAUUAUAAAUCGUAUACAUUCAUGUUAAAUGAACUGAUUCAAAAUAUUUUAUUAUCAUUUUUGAGUCAAAGAGUCUUUUAUUUUUCGAGCAACCGGAAGUUUACUGUGGUCGUGGUGGUCUUUUAAAGAUGGCAGCGUGCCUGGCUGAACGUCUGACCGCCCAGGAGGAGCAGAUUCGGCUCCUCAACCGGGAAAUAUCCACUCUUCGGGAUGGACUGUGCCAAGGUCUGGCCGCCACCGGUGUCGAGGUGGUCUCCCUGGAGCUGGAGACCCUGCGGGCCGAGAACGAGAAGCUCAAGUACCGGCUGCUGCACCUCCGCCGGGGUCUGCAGGCGGAGCUGGAGCUGGAGGGGGCGCAGGACAGGAGACCGCAAGCCGCCAAGGGGGGCACAGCUCCGGCGAAAAACACCCGCAAAGACCCGCAGACAAACAACCGAGCUGAGCACAAGGCUGCAGCUCCUGAUACCAAAUCAGGUGAGAAGAACAAGAAGGAGAAGAAACAAGGAGAUGGAGGCACGAAGGAGCUGAAGCCCUGGCCUGGCUACGUUGCAGAGCGUCUCAGCCUCUAUGAGCAGCUGAAGAGGGAGAGUGAUGCCCUGCUGGCAAAGAAAGCCGCAGACAGCAAGCCCAUCACUGUGGAGCUGCCAGACGGACGGAAGGUGGCCGGCAAGGCUUGGAUCACCACACCGUACCAGUGUGCCUGUGAUAUCAGCCAGGGCCUGGCGGACAAUGCUGUGAUUUCUCGGGUGAACGGGGAGCUCUGGGACCUGGACAGACCUCUCGAGCAGGACUGCUCUCUUGAGAUAUUGCGCUUUGACAACGACGAUGCUCAGGCUGUUUAUUGGCAUUCCAGUGCUCACAUCCUGGGGGAGGCAAUGGAGCAUUUUUAUGGAGGUUGUUUAUGUUAUGGACCCCCGAUCGAGAAUGGCUUCUACUAUGACAUGUUCCUGGAUGGACAGAAGGGAGUGUCCAGCACCGAGUUUGGGGACCUGGAGACUAUGUGUAAGGCUGUGGUGAAGGAAAAACAGCCCUUUGAGCGGCUGGAGAUCAGCAAGGAGACACUGCUCAACAUGUUUAAGUACAACAAAUUCAAGUGCCGCAUUCUGAAUGAGAAAGUCACCACCCCCACAACUACAGUCUACAGAUGUGGGCCCUUGAUUGACCUGUGCAGAGGUCCCCAUGUCCGGCACACAGGCAAGAUCAAGGCCAUGAAGAUCUACAAGAACUCCUCCACCUACUGGGAAGGCCGCUCCGAUAUGGAAACACUCCAGAGGAUCUAUGGGAUUUCUUUCCCCGACUCCAAGAUGCUGAAGGAGUGGGAGCGCUUUCAGGAGGAGGCCAAGAAUAGAGACCAUCGCAAGAUUGGCAAAGAUCAGGCGCUGUUCUUCUUCCAUGAUCUCAGCCCUGGCAGCUGUUUCUUCAUGCCGCGCGGGGCCUACAUCUACAACACGCUCAUCGAGUUCAUCAAGGAUGAGUAUUGGAGAAGGGGCUUUCAAGAAGUAGCCUCCCCCAACAUCUACAACAGUAAACUGUGGGAGACGUCUGGCCACUGGCAGCACUACAGCGAAAACAUGUUCUCCUUCCCUGUGGAAGAUGAGGUCUUUGCUCUCAAGCCGAUGAACUGCCCCGGGCACUGUCUGAUGUACAGCCACAGGCCUCGCUCGUGGAGGGAGCUUCCUCUGAGGCUGGCAGACCUUGGGGUCCUCCACAGGAACGAACUGUCAGGAACUCUGACCGGCCUGACCAGAGUGCGGCGCUUCCAGCAGGACGACGCCCACAUUUUCUGCACGAUGGACCAGAUCGAGACGGAGAUGAAGGGCUGUCUGGACUUCCUCCGCUGUGUUUACGAUGUAUUCGGCUUUUCCUUCCAGCUUCACCUUUCCACUCGUCCAGAAAAGUACUUGGGUGAUAUCGUUGUGUGGAACACGGCAGAGAAGCAACUGGAGAACAGCCUGAAUGAGUUUGGGGAGCCAUGGAAACUAAACCCCGGAGACGGUGCAUUUUAUGGACCCAAGAUUGACAUCAAGAUCAAAGAUGCAAUUGGACGUUACCACCAGUGUGCAACCAUUCAGCUGGACUUCCAGCUGCCUAUCCGCUUCAACCUGACCUUCGUGGGGAAGGAUGGAGAUGACAGAGCCCGACCAGUUAUCAUCCAUCGUGCCAUCUUGGGCUCAGUGGAGAGGAUGAUUGCCAUUCUCACCGAGAACUACGCAGGGAAAUGGCCUCUGUGGCUGUCUCCACGUCAGGUGAUGUUAGUGCCUGUCAACCCGUCCUGUGAGGAUUACGCCAAGAGGGUGUGUAAGCAGUUUACAGAAGCUGGUUUCAUGGCAGAGGCUGACCUGGACUCUAGUUGUCUUCUAAACAAGAAAAUCCGAAAUGCACAGUUGGCCCAAUAUAACUUCAUUCUUGUGGUCGGAGAGAAGGAGAAGAUGACUAACAAUGUUAAUGUGCGCACGAGGGACAACAAAGUCCAUGGAGAGCUGUCGGUGGCUGAGGUGCUGGCUCGCCUGACCAUGCUCAAACAAUCCCGCUGUCGAAACGCAGAGGAAGAGUUCUGAUGAAGAUGAAGGCUCGCAUUUAAAUACCUCACUGUGUGAACUAUAGCCACGAGAGCAGUAAAUUAUGGUAUAUAUAGAGCUGGUAAAGGAGAAGUGGUGGCACGAAAAAAACAGGUGGUACUGGGAAAGUGUAGUACAGAAAGUUUGUGAACGUGAAAUUGGCAUUGGUCUAUUUUCUCAAAGGUCUGUAUCAAUGGAGAACAGUCGAAAAAUAAAAUGUAUCUUCCAAA